AUGCCUGAAAUCAAGGUUACCCCUUUAGGUAAGAAUACCAGCCAUGUGUAAGUUAAUUUAUAGCAUUUUUUUUUUUUUUGUAUAACUGCAAGAAUUGGCCUCGGUUCAUUUUAUAUUGUGCAUAUUAUUUAAUAAUAUAACUAAGGCAAGUCCCCUCCACGUCCACAAAAAAAAUCUCUACCACUCAGUAGCCUCUCAUUAUGCUCAAAGAUCAAAUAAAAAUUUGCAGUAUUUUUGUAAUUUAUUUUCAAACCAGUCAGUAUAGCUUUUAAGCUUUUCUGGACAAGUAGGGUAGAUGUAGAGUACUUUCUGCACCAUAACCUUUGCAGUGAUGCAAAUUUAUGAUAAUGGUUUACAGUGAUCCUUUUGAAGAAUAAUUAGUUUUGCUCCAAAAGUACUGUGGUAAAACAGCUUCCCUUGGGUUUCUGGGAAUAGUAGUUUAGUUAAUGUUGUACAGUAGAAAACUGAAAUACAAAUCCCAGAAACCCUUGCUCUGCCCAUAAAGCACUUAUAAUGGUAUAAGCUCUGAAAUGCUCUGUAUAUUUUAGGGAACUGCAAUCUCUGUAUUAUGAAAUCUAUAAAUGAUUGUGUGUAUGUAUGUAUGUAUGUGUGUGUGGAUUUGCCAUUUUAAUGAGACCGGCAGGCUAUAUACAAACUAAAGAGCCUUCUUAAAGGACCACAAACAAACUAGUUUUCCUGGCUCUAUAGUGUUAAUAGGUCCCCCUACCCUCACGACCCCCUCCUGCUGGGCUGAAGGGGUUAAACCCCUUUCAGGCACUUACCUUUCUCCAAUGCCGGGCUCCCUCGGUGCUGGGGAACUCUCCUCCUCGUCCUGCCGACAUCAGCUCAGAAUGCACGCAAGCGCAUUCAAACAGCCCAUAGGAAAGCAUUUCUCAAUGCUUUCCUAUGGACGUCCAGCAUCGUUUCACAGUGAGAAUUGCGGAAGCGCCUCUAGCGGCUGUUGGUGAGACAGCCACUAUAGAAGCUGGAUUAACCGUCAGUGAAACAUAGCAGUUCAUCUGAAACUAUGUUUUCAGCUGCAGGGUUAACACGAGAGGGACCUGGCACCCAGACCACUUCAUUGAGCUGAAGUGGUCUGGGUGCCUAUAGUGGUCCUUUAAGGUAGUACUGGUAUUAAACAAAAUAAUUGAUAAUGUGGGUACUUGGCCUUCAGUCUAACUACAAAAAUCUCCCUGCAUUUUGUUUUUUAUAUUUGUUAUCUAGCUAGACACAUUUUAAGGGGUAGUUUAAGCACCAUAACCACUACAGGAGUUCCCUGGUGCUGCCCAAUGUAUAUAGAUAAACCAUUUCCGAACAGUUUAACAUUUGCCUAAAUAACAGUACUUCUGGGUUUUCUGAUGUUUCUGACAGUGAUGUCUGAAAUGAGACAAAAUUGAUAUAGUUAAAGUGAAAUGGGAACUUUUGCUUUAACAAUAUCCAGAAUAAUGGAAGUUCCACCAGUACCCGGAGGAGAUAGGUAUGUUCCAAAUAAUUUGAAAAUUGUUUUGCAUCUUAGAGUGGAGCAGUGUCAUCGGAAAGGGUGUAUUGGUUUUGGUGCUUGGACUUCCUUUUUAAUCUUCCUUGCUUAUGUCUAUAUUGAUUUCUAUCAAACGAUUCUUAAAACGAACUGGCAUUGUUGUAUACGUUUGUGUUUUUGCCAUCUGCAGAUUAAUAAUGUUCAAUUUUUUUACAAUGAGAAUUGUCUUUAUAUAGAAGUCAGUUCAGGACCAUGCCUCGAGGCACCGUUUUCAAUACAAUUUUAUAUUUUUAUGUCGUGAGGUUAAUCACUUGUAUCGGGGUAUAUUAUUACGGUUAUAUAGUUUCUUUGCUUUGUUGUUUUUAUAUAUUAUUUUUCAAACUCACCAGAUUAACCUUUCUCUCCAACAGGUGCUGGUCAGGAUGUCGGACGCAGCUGUAUACUGGUGUCCAUUAGAGGCAAAAAUAUAAUGCUGGACUGUGGCAUGCACAUGGGAUUUAAUGAUGAUGUGAGCACUGUAUAUUUUGUAAUAAAAUCCUGUAGAACAGCAAUUUUGAGUGAGUAGUCAGGGGGCAGCUGAUCUCUUCUCAUUAAUAGCUGUAGAACAAGACUUGGGGUUGGACCUGAAAUAAGAAAACGAAAAUCGUGGAGUCACGAGUUAAUUAAGUCAUCAUUGCUUGCAACUUUGUCUGUUUUCAUGGUUCCUUAUACCAUUGUUUUAAAUUUUUUUUUUAAUAUUUCCCCCACUCCAUUUAAUUAGCGUCGCUUCCCUGACUUCACAUACAUCACACAGAAUGGACGCCUCACAGAUUUACUGGAUUGUGUAAUAAUCAGGUAGGGAACUGAUUAUGUAUUGGUCUAAUCUUCUGAUACAGCACUGAGGAUUAACUGGCUGCAGGUUGAAGGCUGUAUAUGUGUAUUGUUUGUUAAUAUUCUGUUUUCUGACGAAUGAUUCAUUGAAUUGUAUUUUGUUGUUGUUGCUGUUCUCUUUAAAAUGUAACAUUUCACAGUGAUUUAUAAUUUGAUUAUGAGGUAGUUAAAGGGACACUAACUAUCUCAUGGUGUCAAAGGACUCCAGGCGCUGGAACUGCCUCAUCCUAUCGAAGUGGUUACAGUGUCUGACAUUAAAACAGUUGAACAUGGUGUGGCCAGCUGUCUAACAAGGAGGAUGUUUUCCUGUGCAGCUCCGGAGCAGAGACACAAAAAAUAAAUUAAAUUAAAAAUUAAUUAAAAACCUGCAAACGGGUCUCUAAAGAGGCAACAAACAAACCCCCACUAAGAGACAGACAUGGGGUGAAAAAAUAUAAAAUUUUCGCCCCCAACGAAGCCGGACAUUCAGCUUUCCUUCACGUGGCCUAACCUGGCGGCACCAGUCAAAAUGGCGCCCGAUGCACCCAGCGAGGAGGAGGCCUCGGAUGAAUCCCAGGAUGACAGAGACAGCCCUACCUCAUCUCUGGCAGAGGAUGGAGCCCAGUGUCGGGCAUCCGAAUCGGAGAAAUCAGAAGCGUGCAACUAGAAGGUAGCACAGUGUCAUUCUAUGGGGAUCUCCCGUUCGCGACCCUGAUAGAGUGGAGACAACUAGUGCCAGUGGCCAAACAACUGAGAGCGGAGGAAAUUAAAUACUGGUGGGGGGCAGAUGGAUCCCUAACAGUGCUGAGGGGGGACCGGGCACUCACCCUCACCUCCACGGAUGAACAGGAGCAAUUUCUUAACCAGCUGAGACCGCACAAAGCGGAAAAAAGCGAAAAACGACAUCCAUAAGCACAGGCACCCACAGAGCAAACUAAGGCCAACAAAGUCACCACACGCCGAGUACACGCGCAGUAACAAACCGAUAGAAAACACUCACCAACCAAGUUAAGUGCCUCAGAAACCCAGAUGUUACACCACUUUACUUCGACUCGUGAUUUUCACUUUCCUUCCUUGUAACGUAGAGAGCGCAGUAUAGGGGAUACCGUAAAUACCCCAACAGUACAGACUGUCUACAUCUAUAUAGUUCUAGGACAACCCAUAGCAACAGAUUGUUUCUGGGGAAGAGCGCCCCUCCCCCCCCCAGUAACUCAUAAUAGACGCUUUGCAAAUGAGGCUAUAGGGUAACCCAUAAUAGUUGCUUUGCCGAAGAUGUUACAGAAGAUAUAUUUUAUUAUACUAUGACAAUGUAUUUUUGAGUACCAAACCUCCAAUAAAAUACAAAUUAAGAAAAAUACAGUUGAACAUAAAGUGGCAGUAUGGUGCCAGGUGACUCAAAACAAAAGUCCUUAGCAGCUCAUCUUGUCUGUGUUGUUUUGUGAUAAUGAGAGAGCAUUAUCCUUAGCAGCAAUAGGUGGCUGUGAUUGGCUGAGAGCAUCAGCUGACCGUUGGUAUGAAUUGGUAUGGCUAAAAUGAAGUGCGCAAUUUCUGCCUUUUCCAUACCUCCAGUAGGAGCCAAGAGAUUGUUUAACAUUGGGUGGGUGGACAAUGCCAGUGAACUCCAGGUACCAUAGCCAAUUCAAUGAGAUAAAAUAGUUACAGUGUUGCUUUCAGAGUAGUAGCAGUUCCUUGCUCCUACAACCCAGUUAAUGUUAUUUUGGCAUUUCGUUGGGUGAUUGCAGCAGCGGAGGCAAGUUUAAAAUAAAUAAAUAAAACCUUACUUGCAUUUGCGACCUCUGAUGCCUUGGACAUAAGCAUGCAUCUCAUUGAGAAAUUGUCCAUGCAUGUGUUUGUAAUUUUCUCUUGGAGUGCCGUAUGUGCAUAUACCAUCCAUACAUGUCUGCAAUGAAUAAUGUCUCAACUUGGUAUGAGUUUCAGUGAUAAUGUGGCAGUAUGAAAGUCAUACGAAUUCAGAUUGGAAGGACAGAUAAGUGACAAACCAUUCUGACCUGUUUUGAUAGUUACUGUCUGGCUGCAUUAGGCGUUACUCUGUAGUGGUUAUGGUGCUCUGAGUAUCUUUGACUUACAGGGACACAAUCUCAUUGAAGUGAUCUGGAUGCAGUGUCUCUGUCACACCUAGUCCUGCAAUAUAAAACAUUGCAGUUUUAGAGAAUCUGCAAUGUUUACAUUGCAGCACUAAGAUUGCCCCUAAAGUCCUGGAGAGAUUGACGUCCUCAAGCUUUGCAUGAGGAUAUCCAGCGCCAGAGAAAACUCUUUAAAAAAACAAAAAAAAACAAAAAAAAAAACAAAACACUGAAGCUUGCAGUGGAUGCAUUUUAGGCCUCCCAUCGGCUGAGUUAGCAUAGACAGAGUGCAACCUGCCGCUGAGGGACCUCAGCGCUGGAAUUGGGUAAGUGAAUAAAGGUUUAUUUAACCCUAAAACUAUUUUAAGACCUGAGCAGGGUUUUUUAGAGGGGCAAGCUACUAUGUACCUCUAAUUUUUUUUUAUUUUGUCCGUUCUAAGAGUUCUCAUAUUCUCUGUUUUUAUUUAACCCUUUACAAUGCUCGGUGGGCACCUGGGGCAGAGGAACAUGUUGGUGUUAGGAAUACAUAUUUGGGCAGGCUUGUGUUUGUGCAGCCAUCAGAUGACAAGGAAGGAUCAUUGGUAACAGUUUGUGAAUCCUGCUACAUAAAUAAGAACAGGGCGUGCAGGGAUGUAAAAUUUAUAGAAUAAAUCUGAUGUAAUUAAUCCUUCUAGUUAGACAUCUUUUUGUUUUGUAUUCAUUAGCCAUUUUCAUUUGGAUCAUUGUGGAGCUCUGCCCUACAUGAGUGAAAUGGUUGGCUUUGAUGGCCCAAUUUACAUGACUCACCCUACUAAAGCAAUAUGCCCCAUCCUCUUAGAAGAUUACAGGAAGAUUACUGUAGACAAGAAAGGGGAGACCAACUUUUUCACAUCACAGAUGAUCAAAGAUUGCAUGAAGAAAGUGGUGGCUGUAAAUCUUCAUCAGACUGUACAGGUGAGAUGACGUGCACACUUUCCCAGUGCCUGACGUGUCGUGAUCAUGUUGUAAGUAACUAUGCUUUGUAUGUUCUGCCUGGUGCAUCCCUGGACUAACUGGAUACGUUUUUUUUUUCAGGUAGACGAUGAGCUAGAAAUAAAGGCGUACUAUGCUGGGCAUGUUUUAGGAGCUGCCAUGUUUCAGAUCAAAGUGGGGUCAGAGUCUGUGGUUUAUACUGUGAGUAUAAAUGCACUAUAAGUUUCAUGGAUCCUCUAUCUUUUCUUUUGUAAAUAAAGCUACAUCCGAAUUUCACUUCCUCUAGCCGCUAGACUGCAAGUCUGAUGUUUUAUAAAAAUUAACUCUUUAAAUACGGGCUGUCAUCUUCUCAUAAGUGUUCCUUUGUCUCAAAAAUGCCUUUAGUGCUUUGUUGACAUUCCCAAUUUGGUUUUUGCAGGGUGAUUACAACAUGACUCCAGAUCGACAUUUGGGGUAAGAUAUUUUAAGUGGAAAUGUUUGUUUUUGACGGUCAUGAUAAUUCAUAGAAAAGGGGGCUGAAAACACUUCUAACAUUAAUAACCAACACACACUAUAGGGACUUGAUCCAGCCAAUGUUUCCCAGCAGGGAUAAACAAAUGUCAAUGGUUAAAGAGUUCUCGUAGAAUUGUUUUUGUUAUGGAUUUGUUAGCUGGCUAGCGGUUUCUGUAUUCAUACAGCACCUGUUACAAUAUGUAUGGGGAAGGCAUGCAUCUGAAAUGCAUGAUCAUUGGUUUUUAUAAUAUGUGUGUGGUAUUCUGUACUAGUGGCGUAUAUUGUGGGUGAAUUUUGGUUUUCUGGCUGAAUUAUGGGGAUCUUACAUAGGACAAGAACUGCCGUAGAACUGUGAAUUCCAGGUUUGAAUCACAGUCAGACACCCUUUAAUUUAAGACCCUUAGAUAUAUACCUGAAAUCCUCAUAGAUUGUAAGCUCAUUUGAGCAGCUCCCACUUCACCUCUACCCCUUUCCAUAAUUGUAAAGUGCUGCAGAAUGCUAAUACAUUCUCUGGCUUUUUUUUCUUCUGUAUAACAUUGCCAGAGAGUCUAAAUUCCUGCAGCUUGUUAUCUGAUGAAAUUAAUUAAACUUGAUUAGGACUUAUGAAUAAUGGAGAUUCAUAUCAAGUUCAUAUUUAACUAAAGCACAAGAUUUCACCUGUGCUCAGGCACAGAGUGUAGUGGUUUUGUGGAGACAGGCUCAGGCACAGAGUUUAGUGGUUUUGUGGAGACCGGCUUGGAGACUAUGGUGAGGCCUGAUAGAAUCCUCCACAAACAACUAAUAAAAGUUAGCGAGGCGAACAUAGAGUCCGUUUGGGUUACUUUAGAAUUUGGUAAUCACACAGUAACUCGUGUAGGUGUGAUUUUAUAGGCCCCCAGGAAAAAUAGAAAUUAGAUGAUCUACUAGUUUAGGAAAUGGCUAAAAUGACAAUGAAGGGGGAAGUUAUCAUCGGUGACUUUAAUCUUCCUGAUGUGAACUGGAAAACCAAUAUAGCUGCUUGUGCCAGAAGCACACACAUUCUCCAUACUGGGAUUGUCUCUAAAACAAGUCGUUGAGGAGCCAACUCGUAAAGCGGCAAUACUAGAUUUAGUGUUAACAAAUGGAGAUUUGGAAUCCGAUAUUACUGUAGGUGAAAGUUUAGGAUCCAGUGAUCAUCAGUCAGUGUGGUUCAAUAUAAGAACAGUAACUGAGUCACACCACACACAAAAAAAAGUUUUAUACUUUAAAAAAACACAGACUUUUCAAAAAUUAGAAUAUGUGUAAAGGAGUCAUUAUCAGACUGGAGCAAUUUAAAUGGAGUCCAAGAGAACUGGGAUUAUUUAAAAGUUGCACUGCUGAAGGCAACAGAAAAUUGCAAUAGGUUUAUCCGUAAAAGCAAAAAAUUUAAGAAACCACUGUGGUACUCUGCAGAUGUAGCCAAAAUAGUAAAUAAAAUUGGCAUUUAGUAAUUAUAAAAAAAAAAAAAAACGGAGUGAGGAAGAUAGACAGAUCUAUAAGAUUAGGCAGAAAGCGGCUAAGCAAGUUAUAAGAGCUUCAAAAUCACACACAGAAUAGAAAAUAGCACAGUCAGUAAAAAGGGGACAAAAAUGUUUUUAGAUGCAUAAAUGAGAAAAGCAAUGUAAAACCAGCAUUAGUUGGAUUAAAAACAAAAGGAAGGAAGGUAUGUAGAAGAGGAUAAAGGUCUAGCUGACUGCCUCAAUGGAUAUUUUUGUUCUGUAUUUACAGAUUAAAAUGAAGGAAAGGGGCCUCAAUUAGGAAAAGGACAAAUUAGUCAUUUGUUACAUGUGAGUUUACAGAGGAAGAGGUUCUAUUUCAACUGUCAAAAGUAAAGGAAAAUAAGUCUAUGGGGCCUGAUAGAAUACACCUAAAGUUACUAAGAGAGCUUAGUGGUGUACUAGCAAAACCAUUAACAACAGAUUUAUUUAACCAAUCAUUGUUAACAGGAGUAGUCCCAGAAGAUUGGAAGUUGGCAAAUGUUGUGCUCAUUCACAAGAAAGGUAGCAGGGAGGAGCCGAGCAACUAUAGGGCAGUAAGCCUUACUUCAGUAGUGGGGAAAGUAAUGGAAACCAUGUUCAAGGAUAGGAUUGUUGAACAUCUAAAAUCACAUGGAUUUUAAGAUCAGAGACGACAUGGGUUUACUUCAGGGAGAUCAUGACAAACUAAUCUUAUUGAUUUUUUUGAUUGGGUAACUAAAAUAAUAGGUCAGGGUGGUGCAGUAUAUAUUGAUUACCUAGAUUUCAGUAAGGCUUUUGACACUGUUGCACAUAGAAGGCUUAUCAAUAAACUGCAACCUUUAAAUUUGGAUUCCAGUAUUGUUGAAUGGGUAAGGCAGUGGCUGAGUGACAGGCAACAGAGGGUUGUAGUUAAUGGAAUAUAUUCGAAGCUUGGGUUUGUCACCAGUGGGGUACCUCAGGGAUCUGUACUUGGACCCAUUCUCUUUAAUAUUUAUAUUAGUGAUAUUGCAGAAGGUCUUGAUGGUAAAGUAUGUCUUUUUGCUAAUAAACUAAAUAUAUUUCCUGUUAGAGAAAUAUAUAUGGGUGGAUUGGCGCUAUUAAUGAAAAUGAAAAUGAGAACAGCAACUACCCCCAAGUGCCAAGUAAAUCACCAAAGGCACUAUAUAGGUACAUCAAAGUGAAAAAGAAAGGAAAGGAGGGGGGUGCUAAAAAGAUAAUAUCCCAAUAUUAUACUUAUAUCUGUACAUCAGUUAUUCAAUCAGUAUCUUACUGGAUCAAUCUAAAAAAGAUAAACAGAAUGUACAUAGCAUAAUACUGUAUAGAGAGACUGCAUAUCAACAGUAUUUAGGUAUUGGGUCACUCACGAUCUGUAGAGCCUUAAAUAGCAGGCUCUAACUGUAUUUGCUCCUCAAAUAAUGUCAGGCAGACUGCUUCAUCCAGCGGAGUCAGCUUCUCAUUCCUCCAAAUACUCGUCCAAUCACACCACAACUCGGGUAGCCAAGUGGGUAAAUAUAUGGAGAGAUUUAUUACAAUAUAAAUACAAUUAAAAACAAAAUAAAAACAAAAUAAAAAAACAUACAGGGCACAACGCUUUUCGUCUUCAAAGUCGAAACGCGUUAUGCCUUGUAUGUUUUUUUUAUUUUUUUUUUUAAUUGUAUUUAUAUUGUAAUAAAUCUCUCCAUAUAUUUACCCACUUGGCUACCCGAGUUGUGGUGUGAUUGGACGAGUAUUUGGAGGAAUGAGAAGCUGACUCCGCUGGAUGAAGCAGUCUGCCUGACAUUAUUUGAGGAGCAAAUACAGUUAGAGCCUGCUAUUUAAGGCUCUACAGAUCGUGAGUGACCCAAUACCUAAAUACUGUUAAUAUGCAGUCUCUCUAUACAGUAUUAUGCUAUGUACAUUCUGUUUAUCUUUUUUAGAUUGAUCCAGUAAGAUACUGAUUGAAUAACUGAUGUACAGAUAUAAGUAUAAUAUUGGGAUAUUAUCUUUUUAGCACCCCCCUCCUUUCCUUUCUUUUUCACUUUGAUGUCUUUUUGCUGAUGAUACUAAGAUAUGUAACAGGGUUGAUGUUCCAGGAGGGAUAAGCCAAAUGGCAAACAAUUUAGGUAAACUGGGAAAAAUGGUCAGAAUUGUGGCAUCUGACCUUUAAUGUGGAUAAGUGCAAGAUAAUGCAUAUUGGACGUAAAAACCCAAGGGCAGAGUACAGAAUAUUUGAUAGUCCUAACCUCAACAUCUGAGGAAAGGGAUUUAGGGGUGAUUAUUUCUGAUGACUUAAAAGUAGGCAGACAAUGUAAUAGAGCAAAAAGAAAUGCACCUUAUACACACACUUAUAUACAAGGAUACUUAUCAGUGGUUAGUGAAUGCAGCCUCCCUCAGAUCGCUCCCAGCUAGCAAUCAACUUGAACACAAGAAUAUACAAAACACAACGAGGGAACCGGCUGAUUGUCUAAAUGAAGAUAAAUAAAAAGAGGUAUAGUGUAAUACAGUUUUAAAAUAUUAACACUGUGCAAUAUGAAAUGCACUCUCAGGAUAUUGGACAGUUCAGGCAUAUAUGGUGCCACCCCUGAUGAUAUGGGGGGCUAGAGAAAUCCCCUGGACACUUCCACUCAAAAUGCAGGACUCCAGGUGAAGAUAUGAAAAAAGCGGCUUUAAUUGUUUAAAAAUAUAAAAUAGAUACAGAUAAAGGUCCUACGCGUUUCGUCCCUUCUACAGAAUAUGGGACUUCCUCAGGGACCAAAAUAUUAAAAUAACAAUCAAUGCAGUACAAUCACAAAAACAGCCUAACAUCCCUCCACCCUCAAGUCCUUUAAAUAGGGCUAAUCCCUAAAUGUAAUUAAUCACAUGUGCCUCUCUGUCCUUCCUCAUUGGUCCUGUGUAGAUGAGUUUCAUCUGUUGAAGAUCUUAUUCCCAGGUGUUCACAGUUGAUCUUCAUCAUUUUUGUAAUUCUCCGGUUAUUUUCGGCACUUCCGUGCGUUCCAAAAACCGGAAGUGCUAUGCGUUCCAACUGUACUCGUAAACCCGGAAGUCAUGUAUAUCCGGAAAUGGCAUGCGUUCCACCUUCGUUUUUUUUGCGUUCCAUCAGUAUUCUGCAAUAUCUAGCCAUAGAAUUAUAUACAAAUAGUCCAACAACUUAACCACAAAUCUAUUCAUAGUGGAUUUUCUCAUAAUAUAUACAUAUUUACUUUACACCAUUUUCACAAUACUUAACCGAUCACAAAAUUUCUUACAUAUUAUAUAUACUCAUAAUCUAAUAAUGUGAAGCUUUUAUAAACUAAUCCUUCAUACCCUAAUUGUGUGACAUAUUAUUUCAAUAACCAGAAUAUUAACCUUUAACUUUUAAUGUGUUAUCCUUCUUAUAAUCAAUUCAAUGGUGUCUUAUUUGUUAAUUAUAUUAUUAUUAUUAAUUAACCUAAUUCCUCCUUAAAAAUUCUGUGCUUAUUUUAUCAUUACCUUUCUCAAAAAUACCCAUAUAUAUAAUGACUAUUAUGAAUAGUAAUAUACAUUUAUAGGAAACACACUAAGUCCACAUCCACAUUCAGUCCACCAGGCUCCAAUGUCUGUAGCCUGUGGAUCCAGUAUGUCUCUCUUUGUGACAACUUUUUAACCCUAUCUCCCCCUCUCCAAUCAGCUAAUACCCUUUCAAUACCAAUACAUUUUAAACCAGUGAAGAAAAAUAGUGGACAUUGAUUGCAAUGUACUGGAAUAGAAUGAGUAGCCAAGUUCUUUUUGAUAUUAUUUAUAUGUUCCAGAAAUCGUACUUUCAAAAGCCUCUUUGUCCUGCCUACAUAUUGCUUGCCGCACGGGCACUGCAGUAAAUAAACUACAUGGUCCGUGCGGCAACUGAUUUCAGAUUUUAUCUGAAAUACUUCACCUGUAAUGAAACUGGAAAAAGUAUCUGUUUUUUCAAGAUUUACAGUAUGGCAAGCUUUACAAGAGUUGCAACCUCUAAAGGAAUUAUUAUCAACAGGUUUUCGAUUAGCCUCAAGAUUUUUUAUAGCAUAACUAGGUGCCAAAGUAUUCUUAAAAUUCUGAUUUUUUCUAAAAAUAAGUUUAGGUUGAUCCGGUAAAAUAGGAUUUAGUACAGGAUCCUGUUGGAGAAUCGACCGAUGUUUUUGUAAACUCCUCCUAAUUUUAGUAUGGUUUAUACAAUACUGAGUUCUAAAGGCAGUUAUAUUCUCCUGAUAGGGUUUGGCACGGGGCUUGUCCAUCAGAUAAUUCCCCCUGUCGGUCUGUAAAGCUAUACGAAUUUCCCUAUCAAGUGUAUUCUUCUUAUAACCUCUUUCCACCAAUUUGUUCUUUAUAUGGUUAGAUUGUGUUAUAAAGUCCUGAACUUGUGAGCAAUUCCUUCUCACCCUGGCAAAUUGUCCCUUAGCUAUCCCUCUAAGCCAGGGACGGUGGUGGCAACUUUGCCGAUGAACAUACCCAUUCCCAUCACUUGGUUUAAAGAAACACUUUGUUUUAAUCUGAUUAUUCUCGCAUAUCAGAGACAAAUCUAAAAAAUUUAUUUCUUUUUGAUUCCAUGUGGAGGUAAACUUUAAAUUAUAUUCAUUUUGACUCAAAUAAUUCUCAAAUGAUUGAAAUAAAGAAAAAGACCCCUUCCAAAUAAUAAUAACAUCAUCGAUAUAUCUCCGCCAGAGCACCAGGUUCUCCCUCCAGUCAUGACCAACCCACACUGUUAAAUCUUCCCAUCUGCGCAUGUAGGUGUUGGCAUAACUGGGGGCGAACCUGGUGCCCAUGGCGGUUCCCGUGAUUUGUAAAUAAAAUUUAUCAUUAAAGAAAAAAUAAUUGUGUUCUAAAAUAAAUUUAACUGAAUAUAAAAUAAAUUCUUUAAUAUCCUGAGAUAAAUUACGAUCUUCCAUCAUGAAAUGGUUGAUAGCUUCUAAUCCCAAUUCAUGACUGAUUAUAGUAUAAAGGGAUGAUACAUCCAAUGUAGCCCAACUAUAGUUAGAAUGCCAUUCAAUAUUUUCCAAUUCUUGUAAAAAUGAUUUUGUAUCUUUUAUAUAGGAGAGAGAGCCUUGAGCGUACUUUUGUAGAUAUGAAUCCACAAAUGCAGAAAGAUUGGCUGAUAACGAAUCUAUCCCACUAAUUAUGGGGCGACCUGGGGGAUUAAAUAAACAUUUGUGAAUUUUUGGAAUAAAAUAAAAAAUUGGAAUUCUUUAUCUGUAUCUAUUUUAUAUUUUUAAACAAUUAAAGCCGCUUUUUUCAUAUCUUCACCUGGAGUCCUGCAUUUUGAGUGGAAGUGUCCAGGGGAUUUCUCUAGCCCCCCAUAUCAUCAGGGGUGGCACCAUAUAUGCCUGAACUGUCCAAUAUCCUGUGAGUGCAUUUCAUAUUGCGCAGUGUUAAUAUUUUAAAACUGUAUUACACUAUACCUCUUUUUAUUUAUCUUCAUUUAGACAAUCAGCCGGUUCCCUCGUUGUGUUUUGUAUAUUCUAAUGUAAUAGAGCAGCAGGAAAUGCUAGCAGAAUGCUUGGUUGUAUAGGGAGAGGUAUUAGCAGUAGAAAGAGGGAGGUGCUCAUGCCAUUCUACAGAACACUGGUGUAUUGUACACAGUACUGGAGACCAUAUCAGUCUUAGCCUGAAAUAACCAGUUUUGGUUGUUCUUAACCUAGUUAAUUUUUUUUUUUUUUUUUUUAAAGACAUUUGUUUUUAUGAAUCUUACACACGACUGUUUUCUUUCCCUCUAGAGCUGCUUGGAUUGACAAGUGCCGUCCUGAUUUGCUUAUAUCAGAGUCCACUUAUGCAACAACCAUCAGAGACUCUAAGCGUUGCCGUGAACGAGACUUCUUGAAGAAGGUCCAUGAAACUGUGGAAAAGGGCGGAAAGGUGCCACCGUUUACAUGUUUUAGCAGUAUAAAAUAUACUAUUUAAUUUUGCUGGUAGAACAGUUUAAGGCAGUGAUGACUAACUCUAGAUGUAUGUAAACUACAUUUCCCAUGAUGCUCCACCAGUCUUUGUGUCAUGGCAAAUGCAGUUCUGAUAUACCAGAGGUGUCAAUAGUAGCCAAUCCUGGCCAGAGGUUUUAAAACACGCAUUGCUAAAGAGGAUAUUUUAAUGCAGGAGACAUUACUCCAAGUCAAAAUUGACUACUUUUUUUUUUUAGACCAAACAUCAUCAUGUAUUAUCUUUUUCUUGUCAGGUUCUCAUUCCUGUAUUCGCUCUAGGACGUGCUCAGGAACUGUGCAUCUUACUGGAAACCUUCUGGUAAGAAUUUCUCAGGGUUUAAUAAUUUUGUGUCUCGAAGUGCAAUCUGCAUUUAUUUAUAUACCAAAUACAUUAUUAUGUAAAACAGAAGUACAUCUGAAUCCAAAAGUGUUCUACCACUACUAUGAUUCAUUAUACACCUUAUACAACACCUUAAUCUUAUGUUGCUUGUGUUGAAUACCAAGAUGAAUUUCUCACCAUGUCCUUGACUUGUGUAUAGUGAGAGAAAAAAGGAUUUGAGCCCCUGCUGUUGUUGAACGUUUGCUCACUAUCAAAGAAAUGAUCAGUCUAUAAUUUGAAUGGUAGGUGCAUUUUAACAGUGAGAGACCGAAUAGCAGAAAAACACAUGUCAAAGUUAUAAAUUGACAUUGGGGACAUGCUCCAGAAACUGGCCCAAAGCAAGAUGGCGACGCUGGAAGCCGGUACAACCACCAUUACACCUCAGGCUCCCACACAGGAGGAGGCACAGCCUCAAUCUGAGCAUCAGGGGUAUGAGCAAGCAGCACCACCUUACUCUGACUUCUCCAAUCUAGCCACUAAGCAGGACAUUAAAGCACUUCUAGCUGACAGACAGAUCUGCAAAUGGUGACUGACAGGGUCCGUACCACAGAAGAAGACAUAGAUGUGAAGCAAGCAGUAUCCACCAUGGGAGACUCGCUCCAGGAAGUGAGGAAAGCCCAACAAGCACUCUCCUUACAACUUACUACGUUAGAUGAUCGCUCCAGACGCAAUAACCUGAAAAUCAGGGGGGUACCUGAAACUAUUACAAUGGAAGAACUGCCCCACUAUCUAAGGCGCCUAGUGACCUCACUACUACCUCCAACACAAGCCAAAAAAGUAACGACAGUGUGUUCCACCUACCAAAAUCAGCCAGGGCCCCAUCUCUUGCUGUCAGCGACAUCCUCAUCCACUGCCCAUCCACACAAGACAAGCGGACACUCCUGGCAGCACUACGAGACCACACGCGUUACCAGUUUGAGGGCUGAGGCCUGUCGUUUUAUCAAGACCUAUCACGGUCCACCUUACAGUGGAGGCGCACAAUGCUCCCAGUGACAAGCCUGCUCAGGAACGCUGGAAUAGCAUACCACUGGACGCCACCAAGAUCGCUCCGCGUGCUCCACAACGGAACAGCUCACAUUAUAUUCUCGGCAGUGGAAGCUCCAGCCCUAUUUGGGAGACUGGCACUCUCCGCACCUCCUGAUGACUCAGCCAGCAACCACUCGUGGGACCCGACCACCAUAGUCCCCUUCACCCCACGACGCCAACAACAAGAACCACGGAAUGGGACAUGACUGAUUACCUGGACACGGCUCAUGCAAACAACCAAGGGCCGCAUCAUCACUGUUUUUGUUCAAGUAUUUUGUUACAAGUUUUUAUUCCUGUUUGAUACACUUACAAAUGCUUGCAUCACUAUCAGGGUCUUCUUAAGACCGGAAACACAGGAGAGGCGUUACAACCCCCAACCCCGCGAGUAAGGGAGCCUGCGACACCCCCUCCCGCAUCCCCCAUGGUUAGGGGAACACCAAGCAAGAGCCUCACUAUCUCCCAAAUCCAGUGCAGGCAACAAUCGCACACCGCCUCACUCACGCACUACUAGAUGCCCACUUAGGGACAUAUAGGCUCCCAACAAUCCAAACACUACAGCGUCACACUAUUUACAGGGAUCAAACUACUACACGCCACAGGGCCCACUCCUCAUCAUUCAGGGUCUUCACAGCCCCAAAGAACACCACAGAGACCAAUCAGAUCUCUCCAGUAGGAUCUCCGGCACAAGAUCUAGUAGCUACUAAGAUGCAAAAUGCCCAGCGACACACCUUAACCCUAAAUGUACAUAGCGAGUACCAGAGAUACAGCUCACAGUCAGCGUCGGGUAAUACUGCACUAAAUAAUAUUUCUUCCUGGUUUACAGCUCCCAUAACACAACUUGAGCCCAGACAGCUAGAGGUCCGGUUCAACCAGCUAAAGCUAUGCAAUGCAACUGGUAACACGAUUGAACUACUGUUUCUUAGACUAUUUUAUUUUUUUUUAGUUCCUUUUUAAACUCCAUACACAUUGUCUUACCCAGUGGUAUUUGUGGCCUAUGGCUUCUGUAUUUUUGUCUCAACCCAGCGGCAUAAAAGCAUGGUGUUGCUUUUUGACCCAUACACUUAUACAAGGGGCAACCUUGACCAGCAGCCACAUGGCUUGCAACCUAAAAUUAAGGCCCAUACCUACCCAACAGGCUUCCCAUGUUGCUAUAUGUGUAAAUUGCCUGAACGAUUACCCGUUUAUAUACAAUCCCAAGCUAACAUAUAAUUCAGAAGCUGGUUAUACCUGUGAAGCAUGCUCUUAUUAUCUUAUUAUAAUACUAUUCCUUUUUUUUUUUUUAAAUACCAAAAAUGCCAGUUUAUAUACCUGUUUCGUACCACCCGCUUAUCUUCUGCAGAGACCUACAUUACACUGUUUUUACUUGUUUAAAUUUGUGCAGUUCCAUCCUAUGUCAUGAUACUGAAUGCAUUGAUUUGCUUGUUACUGACAUCAUAGCACUGCGGGCCUGUUUGUACACAUUUUUGAACAACAAAAAUAAAGAAUUAAAAAAAAAAAAGUGUUAUAAAUUGAUUUGCAUGUCAAUGAGUGAAAUGAGUACCGUAUAUACUCUAGUAUAAGUCGACCUAAAUAUAAGCCGAGGCCCCUAAUUUUACCACAAAAAACUGGGGAAACUUAUUGCAGUGUGUGUAUAUAAUGAAUGUAGUGUGUGUGUGUGUGUGUAUAUAUAUAUAUAUGUAUAUAUAUAUAUAUGUGUAUAUAUAUGUGUGUGUGUAUGUAUAUAUAUAUAUAUAUAUGUAUAUAUAUAUAUAUAUAUAUAUAUAUAUAUAUAUAUAUAUAUAUAUAUAUAUAUAUAUAUAUAUAUAUAUAUAUAUAUAUAUAUAUAUAAUGAAUGUAGUGUGUGUGUGUAUAUAUAUAAUGAAUGUAGUGUGUGUGUAAACUGGGAGGGCAUUUUUAUUAUUUUUAAUUUUAUUUUAAUAUUUUAUAUUUAUUUUAAUAUUAUAAAAUGAAUUAAUUUUUUUGUCCCCCUUCCCUGCUUAAUACCUGGCCAGGGAGUGGGGCUAUGGCAAUCCCUGGUGGUCCAGUGGAUGGGCUGUGCAGUAGGGGGCUGGCAGGAAGCGUUUACCUUUACAGCAGCUCCGUGCAGCUCCCCCAUUCAGCUCACAGUGUAAGUCUCGCGGCCUGCGUGCCGCGUGGAGCAUUGCCGUGGCAACGCUCUGACGGCCGCAGGGGAGCUGCACGGAGCUGCUGUAAAGGUAAGUAAACGCUUCCUGCCAGCCCCCCAACAGGACCGCCGGGCUUGUAAGUUGCCAUAAUAACGACACUGACUCGAGUAUAAGCAGAGAGGGUCUUUUUCAGCACAAAAAAUGUCAAUAAACUCUGCUUAUACUCAAGUAUAUACGGUAUUUGGCCCCUUCGACUUGGUACUUGGUGGCAAAACCCAUGUUGGCAAUUAGAGAAGUCAGACGUUUCUUGUAGUUGGCCACCAGGUUUGCACACAUCUCAGGAGGGAUUUUGUCCCACUCCUCUUUGCAGAUCCUCUCCAAGUCAUUAAGGUUUCAAGGUUGACGUUUGGCAACUUGAACCUUCAGCUCCCUCCACAGAUUUUCUAUGGGAUUGUGUGGAGACUGGCUAGGCCACUCCAGGACCUUAACAUGCUUCUACUUGAGCCACUAUGGUCCCAGCUGCCUUGAGAUGAUUAACAAGAUCCUCCCGUGUAGUUCUGGGCUGAUUCCUCACCGUUCUCAUGAUCAUUGAAACUCCACAAGGUGAGAUCUUGCAUGGAGCACCAGACUGAGGGAGACAGACCGUUUUUUGUGUUUCUUCCAUUUGCGAAAAAUCGCACCAACUGCUGUCACCUUCUCACCAAGCUGCUUGGCUUGGUGAAAAGCCCAUUCCAGCCUUGUGUAGUUCUACAAUCUUGUCCCUGACAUCCUUGGACAACUCUUUGGUCUUGGCCAUGGUGGAGAGUUUGGAAUAUGAUUGAUUGAUUGCUUCUGUGGACAGGUGUCUUUUUAUACAGGUAAUGAGCUGAGAUUAGAUUAAUCUCAGCUCGACACCCGGGAGCCAGAAAUCUUGCUGAUUGAUUGGGGAUCAAAUACUUAUUUCAUUAAUUGACAUGCAUUAAUUCAUAACUUUUUUGACAUGCAUUUUUUCUGGAUUUUUAUUUUUUUCUUAUUCUGUCUCUCACUGUUAAAAAAAACAAACAAAACAAAAAAAAACAUUAAAAUUAUAAAAGUUCAAUAUCAGCAGGGGAUCAAAUACUUUCCCCCUCACUGUAACUAAAGUGUUGGUUUCAAAAUCUACAGCAGUGUGCAGCAUUGCUUAAAAUAAUUGUGGAUUAUAAAAAAAGUGCAUUGUAUAUAGUUUGUUGAGAGAAUUUGGGUUAAGACAACCCUUUCAGCCAAUCUUUGAGGCCAGGUUGGAUGGAUUUGCAAUUAAUGUGAGAACUCCACUAACAUAUUAUAAUUGUAGCUGAAAAAGUGUGUGAUGUUGGCAGGACUCCAUCUGGACAAGAAGAGAUAAAUGGUGAUGGUGACCAAAACCUACAACUGCAGGGCUCGACAAAUCCCAGGUCGCCAUGGCGACUAAAAUUUUUUCCCUGGUGCCUGGGAUUUGUCAGCUUUUUAUCUAAAACGCCCGGCAGGGCAAAUAAUGGAGCCGGCCGUCCACCAGCGGGAGCAUGUAGGCGGCAGGCUGAGUGAGCAUUGUAGCCGGACGCCCUGAGCUUCAUGGAGGCGGCCGGCUGAGUGAGCGUUGUAGCUGGCCGCCCUGGGUUUUAUGGAGGCGGUCGGCUCAGUGGAGCAACAAGGCGGUUGGCUGGGGCAGCGUGCGAGGGAGCAGUGAUUUUCCAGCAGCUCCUCUCUGCUCACUUGUGCUGUUUAGUGAUGCCAGGAGCCGGAAUAUGACAUCAUUCCGGCCCUGGCAUCACAGGGAGCAGAGAGGAGCUGCAUGGUAGAUAACUGCUCCCUCUCACACAGGAAGAGAGAGAGCAGCUCCACUGGACCCCAGGGAAAGUCCAAAAGGUAAGGAGGCUGGGUGGAUUAAAAUUAAAAAAACAAAAAAAAAAAGUGUGUGUGUUUAGGUACCUGCGAUCACAUGAUUGGUGUUUUUACUCACCUUUUUUUCCCAUGCUGUGCAGGUUUUGCCAUGGCUUGACCCGCCUCCAUUGCCGAGUUUAUCAAUCUUUAUGAUCUCAGCUAAGCCAAUGCUUUCCCAUAGGAAAGCAUUGGGAGGAUAUUGCGCAUGUUCUGUAUGGGUAACAUUCAGCGCGUCCAUGCAGAACACUGAUACAGGACUCUCUCUACUGGCAGUCUUAGUAGGCAGCAAUGUAAACACUGCCUUUUCUCUAAAAAUGCGUUUACAUUGAAAAGGCUACAUGGACAGGCUAUAGGCAACAGAACCAAUACAUUAAGCUAUAGUGGUUCUGGUGACUAUAGUGCCCCUUAAAAAAAAAAAAAAAUGGCUCCUAACUUUUUUUUAGCUGGCUCCUAGGAUCCAAAGAAAUUGGUCAAGCCCUGUACUACUGACACUAUCUGGCUUAUUCACUAAACUCGCAAAUGGCAAAACUGAGGCAAACAUCGCCAAACUGUGACUAUGGCUGAGUUGGGGAGUUGUUGGUUUUUUUUUUUUUUUCCCUGAUGAGCUAUUUUGUUGCCUCCAUUUUUCCAUUCUGUGUGUCAAUGUCAUUUUAUGCUACUCUAAUAGCUCGUAUUAUGGGUCCACUUUACAAUAGUUUUUGCAUUGUGCAUGUAAGACUGUCAUAUUGUAUGUUUAUGAAUUUGUUUUUUAUUCCUUGUAAUUGUGCGCAGACAUUAUUUUUUUUAUUUUUUUUUUAUAUAUAUAUACACACACUGAAAUUCCCGUGUUUCUGUUUUCAGGGAGCGGAUGAACCUGAAAGCCCCAAUUUACUUCUCUACAGGCCUAACCGAGAAAGCAAACCAUUACUACAAACUCUUCAUCACUUGGACCAACCAGAAGAUUAGGAAAACAUUUGUACAGAGGAACAUGUUUGAAUUUAAGCACAUAAAGGCUUUUGACAGGGCGUUUGCCGACAACCCAGGUCCAAUGGUGGGUUGCUAUCUGACUUACAGAAUGCAUGUUCUGUGCAGCUGUUCGUACGUGGUCCUGUGUUUUUCUGACACAGAAGCAGUGUGACAGCCAACCUAUAUUGAUUGAACGUUCUGUGUUAUGCACACUUUUCGUUCACAAAUGCCACACCUAUAACAAAGAAGUCAUAAGACUCAGACAUAAAAAUAUGAUGUUGCUUUUUUUUCACUUUCUAGUGUGGUUUUUCAGAAAAAUAUUCAUCAAAAGUAGACUGCAAUAAUUUGGAAGUGAUGUUAAAUCUAGACUAAUAAUUUAGACUCAAGGACCAGUGAUGCUAGAACUGCCAAUCAGACAUAUGGACAUGUAGCCCAGGACUUGGCAGGCAGGAACUAUAUUUAUCAUUUUACUGAUUGCUCCUUCAGUCUUGUGAAAGGUGGUAUCAGAAGUGAUUGUGCUCCCCCAUAGGUAUGCAAUUUAAACGCUUCACUACGGCAAGCUGUAGAUUUGUAUAGCCUGCACAUGUGUUUUUUUAAGUACUGGAAAGGCCAGCUGUGCCUGCUCCUAUGUUUUUGCUUUAAAUUUCUUGUUUUCUAACUAGAAUUGUUGAGAAAAUAACCUGUUUAGUUUGUUUCUACUAGGUGGUGUUUGCAACCCCAGGAAUGCUGCAUGCUGGUCAGUCCUUGCAGAUUUUCCGCAAAUGGGCAGGAAAUGAAAAAAACAUGGUGAGUCCCCUUUUGAUAAUCAGUGGAUGAGCGCUGUUUUAAAAAAAAAAAAAAAAAAUCUCUUGAUAUUCUUUGUUCGAGUCCAUAUCAUCUUGACAAAUAUCUGAGAUUCUUUGUUGUUCUUUACAGAGCAAAAACAAGAUGUCUGUGUUCUAAAAGUGCUAAGGCUGCCUUAAAGGGGCUUACGUGUUUUAGAUUUCAUUCUUUGGUGUAAUCUUGCUGGGCCUUGUCGUUUUUUUGGGGGGGGGGGGUUCAGAUUGCACAGACUUUUUGUAAGAUGACUAGCUUUGUUUUCCCCUUGCAGGUGAUUAUGCCUGGUUAUUGCGUACAAGGCACGGUGGGUCAUAAAAUCCUCAGUGGUCAACGCAAGUUAGAAAUGGAAGGCAGGCAGACGGUGAGCUCCAUUGAUUUCAAGGUCCUACAAUAUACUUUAGGGCUCUAUUUAGCAGGUGUAGUCUCUAAUGGUUUUUUUCCCAUCCUCUUUUUCAUUAGCUGGAAGUUAAAAUGCAGGUGGAAUACAUGUCCUUCAGUGCCCACGCUGAUGCUAAAGGAAUUAUGCAGCUGAUUCGUCAGGCAGAACCACAGAAUGUGCUACUGGUACACGGAGAGGCCAAAAAGAUGGAGUUUCUGAAACAGAAAAUAGAGCAAGAGUUUCGUGAGUGCUUGUUUGCAAUAAGAUUACCCUCUGCCAUUUGCCCAGCCUAUGUGAAGCCUAUGCAGUAAAUGGAACAUUUAUCAAACUGGGCUGCUUAACACUAAUCCUCUGGGCAUGUGGCGAGUAACUUCCAGCUUGUUAUAUUUUGACAGAGUGGUAGAUGUGUUUUCUUUCAGCAAGAUCACAGAAGGGUUUCAGUGAUGGCAAUUGGGUGGCCCAGGUGUCUAGUUUUAUGUGAUUUAUUUAUUUUCUCCCUAAAUAUUUUGAGUUACAGAAAUCGUGCGCAUGAAUAUAUACAUAUCAUUACAUGAUAAAUGGAAUUGAUUUCUGUAACUAAAAUACAAUUUCUAGUAUAUUGGAUUGAUAUUAGUUUGAUUGAGGACACAAAAGGAAUGCCACGUUCCAGGUCGCCUAAAUGUAGGAAACCAUGAACUUGACCAAAUAGUAACUUGCCAAAGAAGUAUUAAUAAAUUAAAUCCUAACCUGUACACUUGUGGGAACCCCUACUGAGCUCUGUCUGGGCCAGAUAGACUGGCUUAGAACUGCAGUUAGAAUUUAUAUUAAUGGAACACGGUAGUGUCUGGAAUACAAACAGCAACUUCUGGACCAUACUGAUCCAGAAGUUGCUGUUUAGGUUUCUGGCCCCCCUCGGAUCUCAAUAAAAAGGUGAUUGUCUCACCUUUUCUCCCACGCCGCACCAGUAUUGCCGUGGCUGGCUCCGCCUCCGUGGCUGAGAUCACAAUCUUGAUUUCAGUCAAUUCAAUGCUUUACCCAUAUGAAAGCUAUAGGAGGCUAUUGCGCUUGCACAGAAAAACGCUGCACAGCGCCAGUCAGCACCUUCUUAAAGAGAUGCAUUGAAUCAAUGCAUCUCUAUGGGGAAACGUUCAGCAUCUCCAUGCAGAGCGUGAGCUGCUGAACGUAGGUACCGCACUGCCCCAGGAAGCACCUCUAGUAGCCAUCUGGGUGACUGCCAUUGGAGGUGUUACUAGGCAGCAAUGUAAAGACUGCAUUUUUAUGAAAAGGCAAUGAUUACAUUUAAAAGCCUGCAGGGACAGGCUGUGGACACCAGUACCUUACGUUAAACUGUAGUUGUUCAUGGUGACUAUAGUGUCCCUUUAAAAGAUUCACAAUAUAAUCCAGUUUAGGGGAGGUAGUCCCAGGGCAAACAUUGCUAAUGAUAAGGAGGAAUAGAAACAUUGUUGGUUUUCUCUUCUUCUGUAUAAUAUUUCUCUGUGCUGAAUGCCAGGUGUUUAUAAUGUCAGAGGGCAAAACUUUAGGUGACCAGUUGCAGAAUAAAGAGGGUGGGAAGUUUCUACUUUUAAUUUAAGUUUUCACAUCUUGGGAAGUGACAGUUCCCCUUUUUAGUUUGCUUUCACAUGUAUCCAAUGUUGGACCCCCAGUGGAUUUUCGAAAUCCAAAAUAGGACUUUUAAACUCACGUUGUGAAGGGUGGCAGUAUGGCAUGCAUUAAUCUUCAAAUAAAACUGUAAGGGAUUGCUACAAGCUACUUCUUAAGAGAAGCUUCCAAAUAAAAAAACGAUUCCACCUUUUUCUGUCCUCAGGCCAGACAGCUAGUGUCCCAUGCACAUGGGUCCAGAGGCUAUUUUUGAGGCAUGCUAGGUUUUAAUAUCUGCCAGGUCCUCUUACACAGCCUAUAUUACCCCUAUGAUAACUGCUUAGGCUUUCAAUAUUGCUUUGUCAGAAGCCAUGAUCUGCUUCAGUUCCACCAGUAAUGCAAUGUUUCAUUUAAACGGGAGAAGUGGGAAUCUGCUUGGGGCACCAGCUUUGCGGAGUUGAAAGCAAGACACAUAUUGGCUAGAGACCGAUAUCUUUAAAAGUUAAUGUUUAGAGACCAGUAAACUAUUUAUUUUCCCUUCUACCUUAUUUUCAGUAAUCUUUCAGAAUGUGCUUUAUUUAUGUGCUUGUGAUCAGGGAUAAGAGAGUGUGCUGUAUCCUCUUUUGUACUGAACAUGUAAUAUGUGACAAUUUACAUAAGAGCACUAGAGUAGAUAGAUCAACAUUUAUAUUUAUGAUUUUCACCCUGGUUGAUUCUUGCUGUGUGUCCUCUCAAUGUGCAGAGUCUUUCUCAAAUGAAUUUCCUUCUAGCACUAAACCAUACCAUCUGUGCUGUUCAGCUGUUAUAUAAGUCGGCAACUUCUUGAACCCUGCACAUUUUAUCACUUUACAAACAUUCUUGCAUAACAUUCUCCUAAGAGGUUAUUCACUAACAGGGUACGUUAUUAAAUUGAGAAUUCAAAGCCUAUUUCUAAUUUGAAGGAGAAAAUAGCCAAACUCAUAUAAUUCUCUAAGUUCUCAAAGUCUUCCAGUUUGGUUGCUUUGGCCUUACAUUUGAAAUUCAUUUUGAAUUCUUAUUUAAGUAAAUAGCCCUGUAAGUUGGGAUUUGUGUAGACUUGACAUGAACAUUUUAGACAAAAAAAAAAAGCCAGAUAAGGGGAAAAUGUCCAACUCUAUUUUCAUUUUUAAUUACUGGUCUAAAUUUUCCACCAUUUGUCCAUCCCCACCAUAUGUCUAUCCAGUUGUAAUGUAUUAGAUGUUUAUUUUUAGAAGUUAUUCAUUGCGUUGUGUGCUUUCUCCACAGGAAUUACAUGUUUCAUGCCAUGCAAUGGAGAGACCUCCACCAUCAGCACAAACCCAAACAUACCAGUGGAUAUCUCUUUGAACCUCCUGAAAGAGAGUGCACAGAGUGAGUUUGUCAGAUCCCUAUCCAACCUGUCUUGCUCCUUGCUUUUAAAUCUAGGAAAUCGUAUAGUUUUCUCUUUCCUUCUUGCAAGAUGUGCUAAGCCAAGUGCUGGGUCACUUUCUUGAGAAUUUGUUAUGAAGCCAGAGGUGUGUUUUUUUAAAGGACCACUAUAGGCACCCAGACCACUUCAGCUUAAUGAGGUGGUCUGGGUGCCUGGUCCAUCUAGGGUUAACCUUUUUUUCUAUAAACAUAGCAAUUUCAGAGAAACUGCUAUGUUUAUGUUAGGGUUAAUCCAGCCUCUAGUGGCUGUCUCAGUUUAAAAUAUAAAUGGUGAGAGCACUCAAAUAAAACAAACAAUAAUAUUACGGGAAACCCGGAAGUAAAGUGCCGCGAAUGCGGCAAAAAAGGGCGCGAGGGACAGGGAUAAAAGACAGCAUGCCAUGGAUCAUAAUUAUCACCUCUGACGAAGGCUGACCGCCGAAACACGUCAGGUGCUUUUUGGACUUCUAUAUAUGAAGGGACUUUCUUUUAAUAUCUGUUAUAUUUUAUUUAUUUUGGAUAAUAAAAUGUAUUGUUACCCCUUGGACCUGCGUUUCUUGGUGGUGCAUGGAAUAUAACUGCAGAAAGGACCCAGUGAAAGCCCAAUAAGAGUUUGAUUCAAGGCAUGCAGUUUGAGCCAGCUAUUUAAGUGGCUCUUUUUAUGUGAGUGAGACCAGUAUUCAAGUCUUUAAGUUCUUAUUGUUACGUUAUUACCGUAUGUGUGUUUAUCUGUGUUUACUUCCAGAUUUUAACCAAGUUUGGGUAAUAUUAUUGUUUGUUUUAUUUGAGUGCUCUCACCAUUUAUAUUUUAAACUGUCACUUGUAUUUAUUUAGUGGUUUCUGUGGCUCCACUAAGGUGAUUGUAGCACCACUUUUUCUUUUUAGGAUUUCUUCACCAGUGCAUUUUAUUGUUAUCUAGUGGCUGUCUCAUUGACAGCCGCUAGAGGGCCUCCGCGUUUCUCACUCUGAAAAUCACAGUGAGAAGACGCCAGAGUCCAUAUGAAAGCAUUGUGAAUGCUUUCCUAUGGACUGGCUGCACGCGCGGCUCCUGCCGCGCAUGCGCAUUCAGACGAAGAGGGAGGAGAGCUCCCCGCCCGGCACUGGAGAAAGAGGUAAGUUUAACCCCUUCCUCUCCAUCCAGCCCGGCGGGAGGAGGACCUUGAGGGUGGGGGCACCCUCAGGGCACUAUAGUACCAGGAAAACAAGUGUUUUCCUGGCACCAUAGUGGUCCUUUAAAGUAGUGGUAAAGGUGGACAUAGAACAAUUUUAGACGAAAACACCAUGUAGUAGCUACCCAUUUUCCAAUACAACAAUAUAUCAAAAAAUAUUGCAUUCUAUCUAAACAAAACAUAGGUAACGUACAUUGUGACAGGUACGUUUACAGAUGAGACUGUUUUUGCUGUAUGUUGACACCCUGACAAUGAAUACAUUCUGAGCAGACUGCUCUUGCUAAUGUCUACUGUUGUAGUUACAAAGUUACAUAGCUGAUAAGAGACUUGCAUCCAUCAAGUUCAGCCUUCCUCACAUAUGUUUUUGCUGUUGAUCCAAAACAAGGCAAAAUACCCAGUCUGAAGCACUUCCAAUUUUGCAACAAACUAGGAAAAAAUUCCUUCUUGGCCCCAACAUAGCAGUCAGAUGUCUCCUUGGAUCAAGCAGCUAUUACCCCACUAAGUAUAAAUUAUAUCCCUGUAUGUUAUGUUGUUUUCAAGUAUUUAAACUGCAAUUGGAUAAACAUCUGUGAGUUGUGAGUUUGUUUCCUUCAUCCAAGUUUUCUCCUAUUUAACCUUUAGGCUUUGGACCAGACUGCAAGAAACCUAGACUGAUGCAUGGGAUGCUUAUAAUGAAGGAUAAUGUAAGUAAGGAUGCUUAUCAGCAAGGUACUACCAGAGAAUUUACCCUUAGUUGAUGUUAAUCCAUUACAAACAUCUCUCAAGUAUGAGCUUUGAUAGUGUCAGAGAUUGAUAGUUUUUAAAGGAACACUACAGGAAAAUAUAGAGUAACCAAUAUUCCUACAGAGCAUCAUGAGGAGGGGAAGGUGGAUAUUUUUUUUUUUUCCCCUCUCCAUUAAUUAAAAACACCCAGUUUGGCUCCACUCGCUGAGCCACUUACUAUAAAAUGGAUGUGUUAAGACCUCAAUAGGAAGCAGUACUUUGGCCAGUGGUGUACUAAGUGCGAGGGAGGAAGGAAGUCUGCCACUAGUGACCGGUUGGAGGAGGGGGCACAGAGCAACCACCUGCCACUCCAUGCAAACUGCUUUUUCAGCCCACAUAAGGAAUAAUAAAGCUCACGGUUUGUGAUGCAACGCUACAGAAAAGUAAUCGAUACAAGGAGGAGAGGGUGUUGGAGACAUGGGAUGAUAAGAGACACAAUGGGCUUAGGAGACACAAGGGGUAUAGGAGAUAGAAGGUGGGCAUAAGAGACACAAAGUGGGGGUAAGACUCUAUGGGGGUAUAAGGAAAGAAGAUGGGUUAGAGGCACAAGGGAUAGAAGCCAUGAUGGGGCAUAAGUGACACAAGGGGUGGGUAAGAUGCAAGGAGUGCAUAAAACACGAUAGGAUCCUAAGAAACCAUUCUUGGCUGGCGACAUACAAUUUGGCCCGGGUUUCAAGUAUACAAACUAUGUCUAUUACUGUGACACUGCACUAAAACACACGUGCAACACAAGGUUAUCUACAUUUAUCCUUUAUUCUGUACACACCGUAAGAUGUCUUUAAACUAGUGUAAGAAUGCGCUUUGUAUACAAAGUAAGAGAUCUUGUCUCUCUCUGAAGACUUUGCGCCUAGUUUCACCUGAGCAGGCUCUGAAAGAGAUUGGCAUCGGGGAGCACCAGCUUCGAUUCACCUGCAGAUUGCACAUUCAAGAUGCACACAAAGAACCAGAGACUGUAUCACGGAUAUAUACUCAUCUAAAAAGGUAACUCUGAGACCCAGGUCAAUAUAAAAUGAAAACAAACUUUCCUAGCUAAAGUGCCAAAAAGCUUGUGGUUAGAACAAACAAAAAAUAAAAACUCCCCAAAGUGCAAAUAGAAAAAUUACUGUUGUGCAUCACCUGCAUAUUUCAGAUUGGACUUUGGAAAGUACCCCUGGGCACUGAAACACCUAGCUAUAUACUCUGAGAGACUUCAAAUUCCAGACCAGAACUGGCGUCCUACUGAUGAGACGAACCAGGUAAAAACUAAUGUCAAUGGCUGAUUAUUCGUUCUUUUGGAUCACAACCCAUGCUAUGGUUAAAAAUAAAAUAAAAGUUGUGUUUAAUACAGCUUCCAGUACUAAGGGUAUAUGCAGUAUGAAGUCUGAAACAUGAUGCCAGUUUGUGCUCAUUUGCAUAUUAAGCUGGGAACUCUGGGAUAGUUGGGGAAUCUUUUUUUCACGUUUGUGUCCAAUGGCGUCUUUCCAACAUCUAACUUGAGAUAUUCCGGCGAAGCACAACAGUAAUUCUUUUAUUUACACUGUGGGGUGUUUUGAUCUCACCUCAAACUUUUUGGCACCUGACUAGAAAAAUGUAGAUGUAGACGGUGUUUUAUUUCUAUCCAUUUGGUCUACCACUAAUAAUGAAAUUGCACUUCCUCUGCAGUGUACUUAAAGAUCGAACUGUACAGCAGCUGCCUGAUGGAUCUAUCAUGGUGGAAUCUAUUCUUCUUCAAGUGUCAACUCACUCAGAUGAUUCAGCAACAAAGGUUCUCCUUAUAUCCUGGACCUAUCAGGUUGAUCUAUUUUUACACUUGCACAGAUAAUUUAAUUUAAAUUGUGUUUGCAUUAUGUGCUUUUUCCGACUUGCCAACAGUAUGUAUAUACUCUGGGGAUUUUAAAAUAUUUAUUUUAAAUGAGCAGUCUAGGCACUAUAGCCAUUACACUCCAUUGUAGUGGUUCUGGUGAAUUAGACUGUGAGUUCCGUAUUCCGAAUCACUGUCCAAACCGUGACAUUCUUGGUAGUUUGCUAAUAUGAAAAGUUCCAGUUCUGCAUGAGCAAUGUCGAUUCCCUCUGUUUGAAUGGCGUUCUUGGCAGUCGGAAAUUGAUAUUGUUAAUGCAGAAGUGGAAUAUCCCAGUGAACAUGAGUUUGGCUUUGGCUGUCUUGGAGACCUUCAUUGUCCAUCUGAUGAAGAGAAUAAAUACACUUUGGCACUGUUGGGUCUUUUUGCCUAUAGCCUACUAACAUCAUAAGGAACAUGCAUAUAGUGGUUAUACUUACACUGCUCCUUUACGUGCAUGGAAAAUGUCUGCCGCCAAAUUCUGCAGAUCUCAAUCCCACUGAGCAUCUGCAGGAUGUGAUUGAAAAAUAAAUCCGACCCAUGGAGGCCUCACCUCACAACUUGCAGAAGUUAAAGGGAUCCUAUAUAUAGGCUUUGGAGAUCCCCCGGCCCUGAAUGGGUUAAACUUGCCUUAAGCCAGCGCCAGGCUUUCUCGGUGCCGAUGACCUUUCCUCCCCUGCCGACGUCCGCUCCUGAGUGGAGCCGAAUGCGAGGCCAGAGGCGCACGAGCAUUCAGACCCGCCCAUAGGAAAGCAUUAAUCAAUGCUUUCCUAUGGGGAUCUUAUCUGACGCUGGACUCUGUGAGGACGUACAGCAUCAGAUAAGUGCAAUUUACUCAGUGUAAAUCGAAGCGGCCUCUAGUGGCUGUCAGGGAGACCGCCAAUAGAGGCUGGAUUAACCCUGCUGUGUAAACAUAGCAGUUUCAAAACCACUAUGAUUUCAGCUGCAGGGUUAAAACUAGGGGGACCUGUCAGCCAGACCACUUCAUUGAGCUAAAGUGAUCUGGGUGCCUAUAGUGAUAUACAGCUAAUGUAUUGGUCUUGUGAAGUCCAUGCCUCAAUGUAUCAGAGCUGUUUUGGCAUCACCACGGGGACCUACAUGAAAUUAUAGAAAAAACAAUCCAGAUUUAACAUUAGAAGAAAUAAAAGCAGAUCUGGAUUUUUUUUUUUUGUAAAUUCAUAAAGUCAAAUUGUUUUGGUCUUUCAGGUGUUUUCCAAGUUCAAUUUCUGUGAUUUUCUUCACUUUCAUGCAGCUAAAGUAAUAGGGACCUUUGGUGGGAAUUGUCCAAAUAUAUAAAUAAUAAAAAUAAAUACAGCUCCUCCUAGAAUUAGUUUCCUAUGUGUUUUUUUUCCUAAAGUAGGAAACUAAAAGUAGCUGUAAAUACCCACACACACCAUCACAGUAGCAGCGGCACGGUUAGUAUCUCUCGUGGCCCUGUAGAAGUGAUGUUUACAGAAAAACAUUGGAAACUAGCCAGCAAGCAUAUGCUGUAGGUUCACUGCUGCCGCUGUAGAUUUGUCAAUGAGUCACUGAUUGGAUGGCUGAAAUUGCUAGACCAUUCCCGUGGUGUUGUUGAGGUCCGUAGCAUCAUGAUAGAGCGCCUGCACAGGACAAUCUGUAGCCAUAUGUGUAUGGAACAUGUAUAGCCAUUAGAGAGGCUGGCGGCAUGUCUUCAACAAACUUUUUUUUUUAUUUUUAUUUUUUUGAAAUCCUCUCUGGUUCAAUAUUCUGUACAUACCAAGGUAUCUCUAUUUAUAUAUGCGUUAUCUCUACUUAGAGAUGCUUAAAGCAACACUCCAAGCACAAUAUCUCUUCAGUUUGCUGAAGUGCUUAAUAAUGUAGAAUGUGUUCUUUCAUUAUUUUUAUAAAAGUGCUGAUUUCAAUUGAAAUCUGCAUUUUUCUUUUAUUUAAAUGAAAUGUAAAACACUCCCCUGGCUGUCAGGCAGUUGAAAGGCGUUUCUUCCUGGUUAUUUAGCUCUGUGGAGCUAAUCUCAAAGGCAUGUGCAGAGUGCAAAAAUCACAAUUUAGUAGAUAUGCCCUAAUGAAAAUAUGCAUGCUUUUAAUAGUUUUUUGUUAUUAUAGGUAUAUCUAAAAACACUAUGCAAAAGUUGCAGGUCUCUUGUCUGCUGCCUUUGUAAACCCUCCCGUUCUAACCCCGCCCAGAUUUUCUGUGGCUGUCCAAUCACAGGCUUCCAAUGCAGCUCAAUGAGAAGUCUUUGCAAGGCAGGUACUCUGGGCAAUUGCUGCCUCUUGAGUUUAGCUCCACUUGAGAUAAACAACCAGAAAGUAACUGGACUGUUUUUCUGACAGCUGUGGAGUGUAACCAGGCUAAUUUCUAAAAGUGCCAUUUCAAUCGAGUUCUGCACUUUUUGUAAAAUGAAAAAAAGCUCAACAUGCAUUUCUGCAAGCUAAAGUUCUUUAGGGGUCUGGAAUGUCUCUUUAAGCCAAGUAGUUUAAAUAUUAUUGCAGUCACCCAGCUUACAUUAAUUCCCAUGGGGCAUGUCCUGUGCAACAGGAGAAAAGUCUAAUAACUUCUGUUACAUUUUGCUUUUCCUUCCUGCUUGAUGACAAACCUCUGCUUAGCUGCUAAGCUCAUUUUCUGAGCUGUCACCAGAUCUAAAAUAACAGAACUGACUACAAUCAGUCACGAUUUUCUAUUGGAAAUGCUACAAUCGUACUGGAAACACUGUACAAUCUGUAUAAUGUAUACUAGGAAUGGCUCUGGCCAUAGUGCAAGCUCCUUAUUAAUAUAUUCAUAGCAGUCAGUUUUUAAAACACUUUAUUAUUCAGGAUGUCAAAAUGAUUACGUCAUUUCUUAAUCCAGAAGAACCAUUAGGAAUCAAAAUGAUAGGUACCAAUCCACAAUCAGUGGAAUGCACGGGUGAUCGGCAUCUGGUGGGGAACAGAGUGUAACUUUAAGGAGGGAUAGAGAAGCCUUAAUGAAGCCAUCCUACUUCAACCAUAUCCCCCACAGGAUGCCAGAUGUCUCCUAUAUUCCUUGGUUGAGUAUUGGUCAAAAUCUAAUUAUUGCUUAAUUUAAUGGUUCUGUGAUUUCUAGUUUAAUUGGAAUAAUGUUCAAGGUUCCCUUUUUAAUAAGAAUGUACUUACUACAAAAUAUCUCUGUAGUAGAAAUAAACCAUUAAUCAAUAAAAUCAUAAAUCAUUAAAACGGAUUAUAAAAAGGAAGCAAAGCUAUAAACUACUGUACGAGCCAACAUUUGUGUGAAGUUCAUACCGUUUUAGCCAUGCAUUCAAUGCAGAUGCAGAUCUCCCCAGCAUUCCUGUAGUUUUGCCGAUGGUAAGUCGUCUCACAGAAUAUUCAAGACAGACAGGAUAAACAAAUAAAUGGUGACCCCAAGCAAGUCUUCCAUGAUAUGUAUGCGCAUUGUGGCCCUAAGGACCAUGGAGUUCCAGGUUCUUCCUUUUUUUAUUAACACUGCCCCCGCGGGGCUCAUAACCAGCACGUGAUAUAUCCCUGGCGGCAAUAUUUACAGAAUAUGAAUUUAAAAUCAAAUCACACUGUGCAUCCCAUAAACAAGUGUUUGACCUGUAUUACACAGAAGUAUCUUUUUUUUUACUUUCUGUGUAGCUUCAUUCAUGAUUUGUUUGUGUUUUUGUUUAAUUUGCUGGUUGUUGUUUCUUAAAGGAACAGUAGUGAUUGUAAUGCAGUCCUCCAGACCUGGGUCAAGUUGUUUUUGAAUAGAUUGACCAAAACAAGAGUUCGUGAGCUGCAAGACCCAUCAUUCAGCCACCUGUUUGCAUUAAGCUAACAUGGAGGUGGAAUUAUCUCUUUUCUCUGUAUUUGGACGGCAUUAUAGGAUUGGUGGUGGGGACCCUUAUACCACUAUAACCAAUAGAGUAGGGCGGCUAUACCUAAUGACAUCUUCUUAAUGCUCCUAUUUCCACUUCUGUUUUUCUAUUUCCUUUUGUAAAUGUUGAUUUAAUUUGUAAUGUUUUUUUUGUUGUUGUUGUUUUAAACCAGGAUGAAGAGCUGGGGAGUUUUCUAACCUCCCUACUGAAGAAAGGCCUUCCCCAAGGAACAAGUUAG